GGACAGGCUCUCCGGGUUUGUAGGCCGUAGGGCGGGUCCUUGAGACCCGGGCAACGCUCUCCGUCUCUCCCAUUAUCGUCUUCCUCCAAAACUCUCUUCCUUCCCUUUCCAUGUUUGAAGCUCUCCAAUGCAGUCAGGCAGCGUCCUCACCAAGGUGAUAAUCUGUGAGGGUUCUUCACUAAACUACAUGUGAAAAGAUACUGAAGGGACUUGCACUUGCAGAGGACUAUUUGUUUCAACUUCAGUGACCAUGAAGAAAGCCUUCGGUCAAACUGUUAGGGACCUUAAGAGAGAGAUGAACAAGAAAGUUCUGAAAGUGCCUGGAUUAGAGCAGAAGGUUCUUGAUACAACCAGCAAUGAGCCAUGGGGUCCUCAUGGAUCACAUUUAGUAGAUAUUGCGCAGGCCACUAGAAACUAUAAUGAAUACCAAAUGAUAAUGGCGGUGCUCUGGAAGAGAGUCAAUGAUACUGGCAAAAAUUGGCGGCAUGUGUACAAGGCAUUGGCUGUUCUAGAAUACCUGGUGGCACAUGGGUCAGAGCGUGUCAUAGAUGAGAUAAGGGAACAUGCUUACCAAAUAUCGACUCUAUCCGAUUUUCAAUAUAUUGACUCUAAUGGGAGGGACCAAGGGAGCAAUAUCCGAAAGAAAUCUCAGAGUCUUGUUUUACUCGUAAACGAUAAAGAAAGAAUACAAGAAGUCAGACAGAAAGCUCUUACCAACAGGGACAAGGGUCACCAUGCAUCAUCAGCAUCCAGAUCCAGUUCCCAUUCAAGUACAGGAGGAUAUGGUGACAGACACAAUGAUGAUUGUUAUGAAGGCCGUCAUGGAAACAAAAAUGAUGACCGUAAUCGCUAUGGGAGAGAGAGAGACCGCAGAAAUAGGGAUCAUGAUCGAUACAGUAGAGGUGGGGACCCACAUGGUCGGGGUGGAGAUCGUUAUGGUAGGGAUUCUGAUGACCGCUAUAGCAGAGACAGUUACAGAGAUGAUGAUUCAAGAAGUAGGAGCUCUUAUGAUGAUGAUCGAAGUGGCUGUGGAAGAGCUGAUGAUCAGUCUCCAGAUGAAGGGCGGUUUGAGCACAACCUUUCUGAACAGAAUAAUGAUCCACCUCCCAGUUAUGAAGAAGCAGUAGGCCAAGCUCAUAGCUCUGCUGAGGAUGAGAGGGAUGGGGAUCCUGUAACCACAUCACCACCACCCAAAGCAUCCUCUCCACCUGGAAGUACAAGUCAAGAUCAGGACACAACUGUAGCUGAUGUAGCUGCUUCUUCCCCCAACAAGGAGGUUGGUGCAUUUGGGGAAUUUGAUCCGCGUGCUUCUUUAUCAGCUUCCACACCAGCUCAAAGUGCUGCAGAAAUGGACCUCCUCCAUGCCUUCUCCGAUCCAGUUCCCUCAAAUGCAUUGGUGCCCGUGCUAGCAACAUUAACAGCCACAGCUGCUGAACCUACUGCACCUGUAAAUUCUAGUCUAGGACCAGACUGUGUGCCUCCAUCAUCAGCUUCCACUGUACUAAACCAGCUGCCUCUUGCACUGGACUUUAAGAUCUCUUCUGCUCAACCUCAAAUGCAGCCUUAUGAAAAUCCAUUUGGGGAUUCUCCUUUUAUUGCCACGCCUUCCGAAGACAACUUUGUGCCUCAACCACAGAAUUUUGCACCCAUGUCUUCGUUCCAGACUCCAGCAACAAGUCAAGGCACCUUACCUCUCCAACCUGCCACCCCAAGUGUUGAAUCAGUCCCUAACUUUGAUUUUGGGGACACAUUUCAAGGUAUGACUUAUGCCCCUUCUGAUGUCGCCCAUGUUCCUCCUUCAACUCCAGAGUUCUUGCCUCCAGCUCUGCCAACUGCUGCACAGCCAGUCAUUGAUAUUCUCGACGAACUCUUUCCUCCAUCGGGACACACAACCCCUGUUUCUUCCAAUGUCACCAAUGUUCCGCUUACUUCUGCUACCCCAGAGUUUUCGCCCCCACAGCAGCCAACUGCACAAAAUGUCCCACUUCCUAAUGCAGCCCCCGAGUUUUUGCAUCCACAGCUGCCAACUGCUGCACAGCCAGGCAUCGAUAUUCUUGGUGGCCUCCUUCCUCCAUCAGGAUCCACAGCCCCACCUGCUUCUCAGGCAUCUCUUCCAGCCCGACUCGAUUCUCAGGCAUCUCCUCUGGCCCCAAUCAUUUCUCAGAAAUCUCUUCCAGUUCCAGUUGCUUCUCAGGCAUCUCUUCCAUCUCCAACUGGACCACCUGCUAUGGGUCAGCUGCCAAAGCAGAAGUUUGAGCCCAAGUCAACAGUCUGGGCCGACACAUUGAGCCGAGGUCUAGUCGAUUUUAAUAUAUCGGGACCCAAAACCAAUCCAUUGGCAGAUAUUGGCAUUGACUUUGACUCCAUUAACCGGAAGGAGAAAAGAAGAGAGGAGAAAAGCUCUGCAACUCCUGUAACAUCUACCAUCACCAUGGGUAAAGCUAUGGGAUCUGGUUCCGGAAUUGGCCGCGCAGGUGCAACUGGUCUUCUGCCCCCUCCAAACCCUAUGAUGGGUACCAGCAUGGGCAUGGGAAUGAUGGGCAUGGGUGGUGGUGCUGGUAUGGGUAUGGGCAUGGGGAUGGGCAUGGGCGGUGGUGCUGGCAUGGGGAUGGGGAUGGGCAUGGGCGGUGGUGCCGGCAUGGGCAUGGGGGGUGGCGCCGGCAUGGGGAUGGGUAUGGGCGGUGGUGCCGGCAUGGGCAUGGGCAUGGGGGGUUAUGGAGGAAUGAAUCAACCCAUGGGCAUGAACAUGGGAGCCCCUGGCAUGGGGAUGGGCAUGGGGAUGAACAUGGGUAUGGGUCAAGGAGCACAAAUGCAGCCUGCUGCAGGCAUCCCCCCAGCUCCAAGCAUGCAAGGUGGGUACAACCCCAUGAUGGGCAUCGGUGGUUAUGCGCCUCAACAGCCAUAUGGGGGUUACAGAUGAGCUCAAUUCCUCGUUGGAGAAGUAAAAAGGUGUACCUGAUACCCGAGCCUUUGGUUUUGCUGGAGGGGUAAACAACAUGCUCAUUCCAUCUGCCCCAUGUUGUUAUCAUAUAAGGGAAUUUAUUCCCUUCUUUCUUUAUCUUUUCUUUUCUUUUCUUUUUUAAAAUUCUUUUUCUAACUUCUGGCUUUCAUCUUGCAAUUCAUUGCUGUUCCCUUUUUACUGCUAGUAGCCUACUGGAGAAUGGUGUAGACAGAUCUGUUUAGUCAUUCCUUAGGUUCGUUUCAUUCUUUGGGUAAUCCCUCUCCCUCUCUCUAUACAUACUGCUUCUCUUCUGAAUCUUCAGGUUGUUGAGAAAGCUUAUGUUGCUUUUGUUGUAAAUGUGUAAUGAUGGGAUGACCUUUCUCAAGUCUUCUUCUUGCCUUUUGCAACUCUGUUGAGAUUAUAUUUUGCCACCAUGGCUGAAGAAAAAUAAAAAAAUUCCAUUAUUCUUUUGUUA